AUGACCCAGAAGGUGGUACUCAUCACAGGCUGCUCUUCUGGGAUUGGCCUUGCCUUGGCUGCCCGCAUCGCAAAAGAUAAGAAGAAAAGGUUCAUGGUGUAUGCCACCAUGAGGAACCUCAGUAAGGGUGAGGCGCUGGUGGAGGCAGCGGGCCGGACUCUGGGCAGGACUUUGGAGAUCAAACAGUUGGACGUAUGUGACGAGGACUCCAUCAAAGCCUGUGUGGACAGCCUGCCUGAACGCAGGGUGGACAUUCUUAUAAGUAAUGCUGGGAUGGGUCUGAUUGGGCCCAUCGAGUGUCAGUCUAUUGAUGAAAUGAAGACUGUCAUGGACACCAACUUCUUUGGGCUUGUGCGGCUGCUGAAGGAAAUCCUACCUGACAUGAAGAGGAGGAAGAAAGGCCAUAUUGUGGUCAUUAGCAGCGUCAUGGGCAUUCAGGGAAUUGUAUUCAAUGACGUCUAUGCAGCAUCCAAGUUUGCAGUGGAAGGCUUUUGCGAAAGCUUAGCAGUACAAGCCCUGAGAUUCAACCUCAAUAUCAGCCUGAUAGAACCAGGUCCAGUGAUAACAGAGUUUGAGCGUAAAGUCUAUGAUGAGGGCAUGAAGACUGACCUCAGCAAGACUGACAACAUUACUGCUGACAUGUUCACAAACAUCUACCUGAAGAACUACAAUCAGAUCUUUGAAACCUUCGGGCAGACUGCUGACGAUGUAGCAGAGCAUACUCUGAAGAUCAUCACCAUGGAGAAUCCUCCUUUCCGUCACCAGACAAACAUGCUUUACACAACAAUGACCACACUCAAAUACGUAGACCCCAAAGGCGACCUCCCAAUCGACACGUUUUACAAAAUGGUGUUUGAACAUGACAAGGUCUUCAACGUCAGUCUGAACUUCUUCAAACUUCUGCGCUGGAGAGGUCGAAAGAGCUUCACUUUGGAAACGGACAAGAGCAACUAA